GGACGGAGGGAGGCGGGGAGCGCGGCGGGGACGGGAGCGGCGCUUGCAGCGGCGUCUGCAGCGGCCGGGCUGCGGGGCGGGUGAGAGACAGCCCCGAGGAGGGGCGGGAUGGGACCUGCGGAGAGGAUCUGCAGUAACACGAUGGAAGAACUGUAAUUGACAGAGAGACAGACAACACGCCCUUUCAGCAUGGAGACCGUUCCGGUUGAUGGGGAAGUUGAUCGAAAUUCACAGCAUGGGGAUAACAGAGACCCUCAUGGACCAUCAACAGUGGUAACAAACAGCGAUGAGUCACAGCUUUUAACUCCAGGAAAAAUGAGCCAGCGCCAAGGAAAAGAAGCCUAUUUUACUCCAACCAAAGAGUUACUCCAACCAUCUCUCAGCCCAGGAACUGCCCACAGCCAUGGUUUUGACAAAGGGAAGGAUGAUGUGUCACAAAGCAAAGAAGAUACAGCACAUUCUAUGUCAAAAAGCAAGUCUGAAUCCAAGCUUUUCAAUGGCUCUGAGAAAGACAUCUCUCUGUCUUCAAGCAAGCUUACGAAAAAGGAAUCUCUCAAGGUUCAAAAGAAAAAUUACAGAGAAGAAAAGAAGAGAGCUACAAAAGAAUUGCUUAGCACUAUCACAGACCCAUCGGUUAUUGUUAUGGCCGACUGGCUGAAGAUUCGUGGUACUUUGAAAAGCUGGACCAAGCUGUGGUGUGUACUGAAACCAGGAGUGUUGCUUGUUUACAAAACCCCCAAAAAUGGCCAGUGGGUAGGAACAGUGCUCCUGAAUGCCUGUGAACUCAUUGAGAGGCCUUCUAAAAAAGAUGGCUUUUGUUUCAAACUUUUUCAUCCUUUGGAGCAGUCCAUAUGGGCUAUAAAGGGUCCCAAAGGUGAAGCAGUUGGUUCUAUAACUCAGCCAUUGCCCAGCAGUUAUCUGAUCAUCCGAGCUGCUUCAGAAUCAGAUGGCAGGUGUUGGAUGGAUGCUUUGGAGCUGGCACUGAAAUGUUCAAGUCUGCUGAAACGUACAAUGAUUAGAGAAGGUAAAGAACAUGAUUUGAACUCUUCAGCAGACAGUACUCAUGUCUCUCUCUAUGGUCUGCUUCGUGCUAACAACUUGCACAGUGGAGAAAAUUUACCGUUAAAUGACAGUGAAAUUGAAAGGCAUCAUUUUAAAGAUCAAGAUAUGUACUCUGACAAAUCUGAUAAGGAAAAUGACCAUGACCACGAGGAAUCUGAUAAUGAUGGAUUGGGGAAAAGCGAAGAAAGCGAUAGCGACACAUCAGAGCGACAGGAUGAUUCUUACAUUGAUCCAGAACCAAUUGACAUCAAGGAAACUACUUAUGUAGAGCAGAGUCCUGAAGAACUUGGGGAGGCUGGGGAGGCUGCUCAGACAGAAGUAGUGUCAGAAGAAAACAAAAGUCUUAUCUGGACACUACUGAAGCAAGUCCGGCCAGGAAUGGACUUGUCCAAGGUUGUACUGCCUACGUUUAUCUUGGAACCUCGUUCUUUCCUGGACAAGCUGUCUGAUUACUACUACCAUGCAGACUUUCUGUCUGAAGCUGCUCUUGAAGAGAAUGCUUACAACCGCAUGAAAAAAGUAGUGAAGUGGUAUUUGUCCGGAUUCUACAAAAAGCCAAAGGGACUAAAAAAGCCAUACAAUCCUAUACUUGGAGAGACUUUCCGCUGCAUGUGGAUUCAUCCAAGGACAAAUAGCAAGACUUUUUACAUUGCAGAACAGGUAUCUCAUCACCCUCCAAUAUCUGCCUUCUAUGUUAGCAACCGCAAGGAUGGUUUUUGCCUUAGUGGUAGCAUUCUGGCCAAAUCCAAAUUCUAUGGAAAUUCAUUAUCUGCCAUACUAGAUGGAGAAGGACGGCUAACAUUCCUAAAUAGAGGAGAAGAUUAUGUAAUGACAAUGCCAUAUGCUCACUGUAAAGGAAUUCUGUAUGGUACAAUGACCUUAGAGCUUGGGGGAACAGUGAACAUCACAUGUGAGAAAACUGGCUACAGUGCAACAAUUGAAUUCAAACUCAAGCCUUUUUUAGGUAACAAUGACAGUGUUAACCAAAUAUCAGGGAAAAUUAAGCUUGGCAAAGAAGUUUUGGCUAUUUUGGAGGGUCACUGGGACAGUGAAGUUACUAUUAGUGAAAAGAAGACAGAUAUUUCAGAGACAUUCUGGAACCCAACAUCUGAUAUCAAGCAGCGUAGAUUACCUAGAUACACAGUGAAGUUUGAAGAGCAAGAUGAUUUUGAGUCAGAGAAGCUUUGGCAACAAGUGACAAGAGCAAUAAAUAAUAAAGACCAAACAGAAGCUACUCAAGAGAAAUACGUUCUGGAAGAAGCUCAGAGAAGGAGUGCCAAAGAGAGGAAACUUAAGGGUGAAGAGUGGAUGUGCAAGCUGUUUGAUCAGGAUUCAGUCACAGGAGAAUGGCACUACAAAUACGCCGAUACCAGACCAUGGGACCCUUUGAAUGAUAUGAUCCAAUUUGAAAAAGAUGGCACCAUCCAAACAAAAGUUCGACAUCGGACACCAAUGGUUAACGUUCCAAAAAUCAAACGAAAGCCAGCAGGUCAGAAGAAAGGGGAGUGUGGUUUCUCAUCCCCAGAGCCCGAUAACCAGGAUUCCUCUGGGAGUGAAGCGCAACUUCUGAAGCAUAAUACAAGGAUAAGGAAAAAAGGGGCAGACCUGGGUGAGCUGCAGAGUGCCAUUGAAUCUAUAAAGGAAACACAGGAAGACAUUAAGAGAGACAUUAUGGCACUGCGAAAUAGAGUCACUGCUAAUUCACCACCUGUGGACUACCAUUUCUUGCAGUUUAAGCACUAUGUCUUCAUUUUACUUGUGGUUCUGCUGCAGCUUAUCAUUAAUUUCUUGUUUAAAUAGGAAAUGUGAAGAAGGGCCUUUCUGAACUGGAAUGAUCAAACUGUUACUGGGGACCAUAUUUUAGGCUGGACUUUAAAUGAUGCAAUAUUAUUUAAAAGAGCCCUGUAGCAACAACUUAACAGAACUUUGCCUCAGCAUCCAUGGUUCAGAAUCAUAAUCCUGUCUACCCAGUUGAAGUAAGAAUUGUGUAAGUGCCAGUACAUUCUUGCUCCUGGUGUGUGCCUCUGUCUCGCUGACAUCAAGCCUUGUGUUUUAUAUUACAUCACAUGCUAUACUGAUGAAUCUUCAACACGAAAUAGAUGAAGUUAAAAAUUCAGAGGUCAGACCUUGCAGGUAGGAUGUGAUUCCUGUUGUGAUAGAAUGAGGAACAUGCUUUGUUACAUUUAAACUUGCCAUUUUUGUAACAAAGGAAUUUUUGAAGUAGCCAACAGUUUUUGUAAAUGGCAUUGAGUGUUUAGAAGAAAACUUUUGUUUAAGGUCAAAUGAAUACAUUGUUAUACAAAGACUGAGUGUUAGGAACUGGCAAGUAAAAAGCUGAAGUCUUCGGGAAUUCUGCAAUGUAAUGUCUGUGAUUUGUUUUGGAAAUAUGACAAUUUUUAUCCUGAAUUGCUAUAGUGGCUUGUAAGCCAGCUGUUUUAUUUUUGUAGUUUUAAAACUUUGGAUUCUUCGUAAAUACAUUCCUGCAUCUACUGUACAGAGCACGUUUUUAACAGUACAGCACCGGGGAAGGUACUGUCUUGGUCCACUCUAUCUCAUUAAUUGCAAAUGUCAAAGAUUUACGGUGUGUUUAUAAGUCUUGAUACAUCUACAGGUUUGAAUUUACAUUUGUGUAUGGCCAUGUCACAGUAAGCAGACAGACUCCUGAUGCCAGGACUCUCUUAUUUUUGAAACAAAAUGUGAAGAUGCAAAGUAAGUAGCUUGAGUGAAAUCUUCCAAAAGGCAGAUGAUAUAGCGUGGAGUUCAGGCAUGAUGAUGAGUUUAUUUGCGAAUGAAAACUUGUGUUUAGAAGGGAAAAGUCUUCAGAAAUUGUGGGAUGGCUGAAAACACAAAUAGCAAAACAAAUGAGAGUGAAACCCUAAGUCUUCAUCAAACUCCUUCUUACUGCAGUAUAUCCCACCUAACAGAAUGCACGGAUGCACCUAUUCAUUAUGCUGUAGCCAUACAAAUUAAUGUGAAGGUUAAGUUUCAGUUUAAAACCAAGCUUUUUAACAUUUUUACUUGAAGAAAUAGAUGCAUGUAUAGAAUGUGUAAAAUUCCAGGAAAAAAAAAAAAGAAGUAGUUUAUCUGGUGAAUUCCUUAGGCCUUUCAAGCGUCCCAAGUCGAAAGGGGUCUGUAGUAUUGUACAGGUACUUUCAGUAACCCAGAUGAGACAACAGGAGGAUGAGCGGCACAGUGCAAAGGGCAGCCGAGUUUCCAGAGGAUCGUCUCAGAAAUCAAAUCCAUCCUGGGCAGUGGAACAGUUCAAGUCACUGUUGGCUUUUUGCCAUGGCCCGGUUAUCCCUCUGCCUUGGGCAGCCUCCCUGACUCUCCAGGUUAUCCACCCUUCUGUUCUGCAUCAGUCUUGCCUAGUGUUUAGUGAAAAUACUAUUUACUUGUUUGUCAGUCUAGCCCAUAUAUUCCUGUGCCUGACAUCUAAACACACCUCCCCUUCUCUUUUACCCUUUCACCUUUGUUGGGCCUCAGCUACGUAAAAAUUUAUUGCUUAAGCAGCCAAAUUCAGCUUCUUUUUUUACCACUUCAUAUUAGCAUAGUUUGGUCUUGAAUCAGUACCCUAACCAGAGUGAUCUUGUAUAAGUGGACAAGGCCAAACUUGAUUGGACUUCUAUUUUAUCUACAGCCAGUGAAGUAAAAUUUGUGAAUAUGUAAAGUCCCUCAGUGUUAAAAAAAAAUAAAAUAAAAUCUCCCUAAGUAAAUUCUCUAAACACAAACUGAAGUUUUUAGCCAUGUAUAAAAUGGCAUAAAGAAAGCAGAAUAUUAUAGCAUUAAAUUAAUGUUUUCAGCCUGGAAUUUGCCCAUUAUCACAUUCACAUGUCAAAGCUUCACUUGUCUUAAGAUCCAUUACUAGCCUUUAAGCAUACUCUGUACAUGAGAGUGAUGAAAGAGGAAAUGAGUGAGAAUUUGGGCAAUAACUUCAAUCCCAUGAAAUAAUACUCUGCUAAAGUUGUGGUGCUGAAACUCUUGACUGAUAGUUACAAGCUUUUAUCUCUGUUGUAAAUAGAAUUGUCCUUUGCCUUUUCGUGUUGAUUUUUUUUAAUCACUUCUGUUCAAUAUAAUUAAUAACACAGUCUGCAUGUAUUUUUACAUGGACUUCAUGGUAGUAACUGGAUUUGGCCCAGCCAUCUGGCUAGCAACUCAGUGUUGGACAAUAUCAGACUAAAACAUAUCUGAAAUUCAUGCUUAGCUCAAGAUGAAUACAAGACAUAAACAGAGUGAGACAAAAUGCCUGCACAUAUUUUUUUUUUUUCAGUUUAAUUACAUUGUAGAAAUGGUUUUAGUAAUGACCCAAGAAGGUAAAAGAUAUAUGAUGAAACUUUUUCCAGAAGUAAAGUACAGACUUCUGUUUGACCGUAUGAUUAGAUAAAUUCUUCCUAUUUUGCUGGGUUUCACAGUGUUCCCUCAUGUGAAGAGAAUGAAGAAAUUCCUUGCCUGAUUUUCACAGUACGAUUGGUCACAGGCAUGUAUUGAAGCCUUUUCUUUAGCACAUCACCACUAUCCUAUUUAACCAUAUGUAGCUGAUACUGAAUACUAUGUACUUAAGACUCAGCUCUGCCCAUAGUUAUAAAAGUUUAUUGUACAGUUUGCAGAUGUCGAGUUUUUAAAAUUUAAAACAGCACUUGUUUUCACAUUUAAUUUACAAAUCUUGUUUUGUUUGGGUUUUGUUUUUUCUUGUACAGGAAAUAUUUUCAGAAUUUGUUGCCAUGUUUUUGUUGUUUUGCUUCUGUUUGUUUUGUUUGUUCUCAUUCAAAUGCACUCUAAGCCUUUAAUUUCCCAAUGACUUAAGGCAAGAAAAGUAAACAUGCCAUGUGAAAUGUAGGAAGUAUCGGUUUCAGUAGUAAAUGAUGUUUCUUGCAUUUCCCAUGUUGAUUCCUUUUAAGUAGUUUAUGUUAUUUAAUGAGGGUAUAGUCUGUUUGUUCCCCUCCAAAUCUCAUAGCUUAUUUGAAAGAUCGUCUCAUAAAAUUUAGUGACGCUUUUUUCUUUUUUUCUGUUGUUUGCUGCCCUCCUGUGCCUUUGGCAAUUUCUUUUCUAUUUCUUUUGCUAGACUGGUGUUUAUGAAACAGAUUUUUGGAUUCAAUGUUUCGUACAGUUUCUUAAAGGCUAUUACUUCAUCACUGUUUGUGUAAAUAACAUGUAAGAAGUAUCCUGUACAUCUGUAAGUUUUAAUUAUUGUUAUUUCAAGGGUAUCCUCAAAUCACAGAAAAUUUAGUAGGUCUUCAAGUAUUGUAAACAGUGCCUUCUUGAUGGGUUUCUUGCUGUUCUGAGACAUGUAAAGAAGAUUUGUCAAGUUUGUGCCAUAUGCAAUAUCUGACCUUUUCUGAGGGCUUUUGUGUUUGAAAACUCACUUUCCCACUUUGUCAGACUCUGGAGGUGGAAAAACCCCACACAACUAUUAAAAUACAUUCAAUUAUUCCCUAUCCUGGCUGGAGAGCCACCAGUGGAAGAUUUCUGUUGUUCGAUACAGUGAAGCUGCAAUACUUUGUGGCAUUACAGACACAGCUCUGCCUGUAACAGCUUCACAGACAGAUUAUUUAGGCUUUUUAUCCUGCAUAGCUCUUGUCCCUCUCUUGUCCCUCUCAUAUCGCCUGACCAAGUGGGAAAAUAGCUUUCAGGGCACAGAGGCCAUCUCUCCCAAUGUGUAUCCGUGCUGUUGCCGCGCUCUACACUGCCACCUGGGCUCACCCUUUCUUGAACGGAUCUGAACUGUUCCUGGGUGGUGGGAGCCCGGGGCUGGGACCGUCCUUAUCCUUCUCUCCCUAAAUAAAGACGUCUUGCACCUC